AUGGUAAACGCUCUGGCUUACAGAGAAUCGUGGAGAUGGAAGUAUAUGGACGACCUGACUAUUAGUGAGACCCUUCAUAUUGUGAAUAACUUGUGCUCUAGUAAUCUCCAACAAAGCUCGAAUGAUAUUUGUGAAUUUGUACACGAAAAGAAAAUGAUGCUGAGAAUGUUUGUCUGUUUCAAAAGAGUACCUCCAGUGAUUGAUAAUAUUACCAUCAACAACGUCCCAAUUGAAAGGGUAUCUACCUAUAAAUUACUUGGGGUUAAUCUGUCAUCAAAUCUUAAGUGGAAUGAGCAUGUCAAUAUGAUAACAAAGAAAGCUGCGAAGCGUAUUUACUCUGUGAGACUUCUGAAAAGGGCGGGCGUUGCAGAUACGGACUUGGUCACUUUCUACUCAACGAGCGUAAGAACAGUAUUGGAGUAUGCUUGUCCUGCAUGGUUUUACAGUACUAUUGAAUACCUUAGAGAACAAAUUGAAUCCAUCCAACGCAGGAUCAUGCGAGUAAUUUUCCCUGAUACUAGUUACCAAGAAGCCUUAGAUCUUGCUGGCAUCCCUCGGCUAUGUGUGAGAUUGGAAGACCUAUGUGACAUGUUUUUCUCCAACAUCAUGAAGGAAAACCAUAAACUACAUGGCCUUUUACCACCUACUUACCAAACUCAUUAUAAUACCAGGUCCCAGGCCUCUGGAAUACAAUUCCAGUUGCCAACAUAUAAAACUAAUAGAUCUCGAAACAAUUUUAUUGUCAAAUCUGCUGUGAAAUGGAACAAUACGAUUAGGAAGAACAUAGGGAAUGUAUAG